GCGCAAUUCGUGCAAGACAAAGCCAAGCGGCACAGCGCGGGAAAGCCGACGGCGUCGGGAUGUCCCAUUACUUGAAGCUACUUCUUCGGGAUGUGUUCGCGCCAAACCGAUGCCGCUGGGACGAUGGAAGGAAGCAAUACUGCAUUGGGAACCCGAUCCAGUUUUUCACACGUGUGCGCAUCAUGGGCACAGUCCGCGCUUGUGGGACAAGUGCCUUGGAGCUCGGUGCACAACUCUUCGACGACUUAAUGGCAGACGGACUGACGUCUUGCCUUAGAUGAUGGGACUGCUGUAAUCGCAGUGCAGUUUUCAACCCAGAUGCGCUUUCGUCCUGGCGAUUUGGUCAGAAGAUCUUGGCGUCGCAACGACUCACACGAAGUCCAUGCAGGUGGACUGCUUGGGCGAACUGCAGCCGUCGAGGCAGGCCUUGCGGUCUACUUACGUUCUAGCGUCGCACAUUCUCCCAGUUCAAGACCCCAACAUGGAGACUCUUCGGUUCCUCGAAGUUAUUCACCUCUACAAAGCAAGUUACUUCUCUGGACAACCCCCCGUGACGGCAUCGGAGCUGGGCCGACCACUCCCCGCGGUGCCAUCCGCCGUCGUGGCGGGUAUCAAGCGCAAGUUCGCCACACAUGCCCUGGAAUACCUCUUCGAUGGUGGAACGAGUCAAAAGCACCAUCGCACUAGUCCAAACAACAGCGGAGACGAGUAUUUCUUUACUGUCCCUGACAUUGAAGCGGCCCGGCUGGCCACAGGCGUUCGGCGGCUUGAACUGAGAGUCAACAAGCCGCCGUACUCUGUCAUCGUUCAGGGCGACACCAUUCUGUUCAACGGUGUUCAUGUUCUUCGCGUCAAAGCUGUUCGCAACUACGCGACCCUGGCCACUGCCCUUGAAGCCGAACACCUCGCGUUAUUGCUCCCACACGGCGUCGAUGCAAGUCACGCGCUGGAGCAUUUCAAGUCUCUAGCCAGUGAUGCCGACGUCCGCGCGUUUGGAGUUGCUGUGUUUGAGUUCGAAGACCGAUCAGCGGCCGAGUCGUCGAGGGCCGCGGCAUGCCCAUCCGAUCCAGGAACUGCGGUCCAAGCGCUGUUGGAGGAGACUUCCAUGACGUUCGACGACCUCGUGCUUCGACUGGCACCUGCGCACGGUGCUCCCGACAUAUCAAGCAUCCUCGACGAGCUUCAAGUCGAUGGCGUGAUUUACCAAUUGCCAUCAGGGCACUAUGCGCUGCUGUGAUAGCUGCGAAGCAACACGACUCCAUCAACGCAAAUGCUUUUGCACGAGAGAAUGUCACGAUGGUGUCGACGUGGGAGCUUUACCAAAUCGCAGCUGUGUGAUGUGCUCGGCUUCUCGCUGGACCAUGUACGCCCACCUUGGGUCGGUGCACGGUGGCUUGUACGGCCCGCCCAUGCGGUGCUCUUCCUCGAGCACGUACAUGGACGCUUCGUGGAUGCGCACUCCCACAUUCGUGUCGGUUUUGGCCGACAGACCCGCGGCAGGGUCGUCGCGGGGUACCUGCAUCCACCCCGCGUCCAAGCCAGGCACAGUGCAGAACGGGUUGCGGCGCUUGAGCUUGAGCCCGAGCACAUGGUGGAGCACGGUGCUCUUGGAGAGGAAAUCGGCGUCGCUUGCCAUGCGAUGGAGAUAGUUCACGUCGUGCCAUAAGAAUGGGACGGGGCGAACCAUGAAGCCGCGCCACGUCGCAAUUGCCUCGACGACGGCGAGCGAUGUGUCGCGCACGCGCAGCACACACGCCAGAACAUCGACCGGCGCUGCGUCAAACGACGUGACCAACUGGAGCAACUGGUCCAGACUCAACUCCCUCGACACAAUCGCUUUGAGCACGGUCAGCUCCUCCGCCUCUUGGAGCGGAAACUGCGCAUGUGACACGGACGCGAGGGGCUGUAGCCGCGGCGGCAUCCCCGCACGCAUGGAGAGGUCCCUUGAAACGGC